AACUUUCCCUUUCUGUAGUUUUGGCGGUAGAUUCAGUACAGUAUCAGGAUGGCGCACCGUGCAGUCUUACAUUUCCUUUGUGUGUUGGGAGUCUUUCAGAAAGGUCUAACAGCUCUGAUAGAAACCCAGCACACUGUGGUGGCAGCUGUAGGAGAUGAAGCCUGCUUAUACUGUCACCUGAUACAAUCUGGAGAUGUUGAGCAAGUCACAUGGCUGAAGAUUUUACCUGAGGGGGAGAAGAACCUUGCUGCUAGCCACAAAGACUUCGGUCAAAAAGUGAAUCCUGACUUUACAGAUAAAAUGGAGUUUAAAUAUGCUGGACUGCAGAACACCUCCAUAGUUAUCAGGAGGGUGAUGGAGGAGGAUGAAGGGUGCUAUCGCUGUUUGUUUAACACCUUCUCUGAAGGUGCUCUCAAUGCUACAAUCUGCCUGAAGCUCUAUGAGCUGCAUGGACCCUUUCUUCACGUCACAGAAUCAACAGUUGUGUCCUGCUCAGCCACAGCUCGACCUGCUCCCACAGUAACACUGACUGUCCCUCACUACAACUCUACCAGCGUCACCAACACCAACGGCACAGUCACUGUCACCGCUACAGCUGGGCUGUCUGGUCUACAUGGCAACAGCACACAGGUUGGAUGUGCAGUGAGAGUGCUCUCUGGUCCUCAGAUAGAGGUGUCUAUGAUGAUUCCUGAGGUCAAACAGUCGUCUGAUGAUGGUUUUGAUGAGGAAUCUGGAUCUAAUAACAAUUUCACUCUGAUCAUCGUGUCCGUGGUUGUGGCCUGUGUUUGUGUUGUUGCUGCAGUCGUCAUCGCCCUGCUUAUACGGAAACAUCGGAACCGUCUGUCAGACAGGGACUCUGAGGACAACAAGACACCACAAAAAGCAAUCAAAGACACUGAUGAGUUCAAAACACCUUUAAAGACAGAACUGAACGAGCUGCGGCCACAGACGCCUACUGGGAGAAAUGGAAACCACAACCGCCCAAAACCAUCAUCUCUGAAAGGAAGAAGAAAAUUAUUUCUUUAACUCAGUCAACUAAUUAGUACCACAGAAUAACCCACAAGACUGUUAGUGCCACAACACAGAGAACAUGUCUGCACCAGUUCAUUGAUUCCAGCAGAUCAGUAGUUUUGAUUUUGAAAUAUAAUUUAGGUGAUAGUUUUAAUUCACUGUUGCAUCCAGAUGAAGCAUCCUUUGUUUUGUACGUCUCUUUAUACAUACAUUUUCUGCUGCUGCUCUUUAUACUUAGAAUAUAAACUUCAUAUGAAGAUCAAAGAAUAUAGAGUAGGAGUUGAAACACUAACAGAGUUUACAUUGAAUGUCUGCUGCAUAUUUUUAGCAGCAGGUGCACAACAUGGCCAGUAGACGUCCUGCUUUCCUCUCAUGUACUGCAGUAGAGUUGAGGCUGUUCAGACAGAUCAGGGGCUGAAAGUCAGCAGCAGGAAACUGGAAACAGUUCAGUCGUAGUUAAAUCUCUGAAGCAUGGAUUCUCCUGCUCCAGUCUCACAUUACCUGUAGCACAGAGAGCACCUCAAGCACAGGGAGCUCACUUUGUCUUUGUGGACUUUCAUCUGUCAGCUGGUAAGUUUCAUGUCUUUUAGUUGCAGCAAACUUGAUUUGGAAUAUCUUGAAAUGGUAGUAGUUGGUUUACUUAAUCCAGGAAUGUCAACAUAUCUAAAUUAGUUUGUCUAACUUUUUAUGGUGAAACUCUCCAGGACCUGUCUAUGAACAUAUAGAUGUUUUACUGAUAAUAACAUGCACUUUUUUUUUUAGAAUACUCUUAUAAUAAACUCAUAUAUCUGUAUCAGUCACCUGUACUAAAAAUUGAAAUAUGUUUAAAUCUACUUAUGAAUUAAUUAAUUGUGAAAGUUGUGUGAAGCAAUCAGGUGAUUGUUUUAUUCCAAAUCCAG